AUGGAGUUGGGAUCUAUCUUGGUGGUCCUAGUAGUGAUUUUUGGUGCAUUAAGGGUUGCGAAAUGGAUUCUAAAGAAAGUGAAUUGGUGGUUGUAUGAAGCCCCGCUGGGUGAAAAGCAGUAUUUACUACCUCCGGGGGAUUUAGGCUGGCCUUUUGUUGGCAAUAUGUGGUCCUUUCUCAAAGCUUUCAAAUCCAGUGAUCCUGAUUCUUUCAUGCGCACCUUCAUCAACAAGUAUGGACAUACUGGAAUCUAUAGGGCCUUAAUGUUUGGGAACCCUAGUGUAUUCGUAACAACACCUGAAGCAUGCAGAAGAGUAUUAACCGACGACGAUGCAUUUAAGCCUGGUUGGCCUAUUUCCACAGUAAAGCUUGUUGGAAGGAAAUCCUUUAUUGGCAUUUCUUAUGAAGAGCACAAGCGCCUUCGCCGCCUGACGUCUGCUCCCGUCAAUGGUCAUGAAGCAUUGUCUGCUUACAUUCCCUAUAUAGAAGAAAAUGUGAUUGCUGCAUUGGAAAAAUGGACCACUAUGGGACAGUUUGAGUUCUUGACUCAAAUGAGAAAACUUACCUUCAGAAUAAUCAUGUAUAUAUUCCUUAGCUCUGAGAGUGAAUUGGUCAUGGAGUCUUUGGAGAAGUAUUACACCACUCUGAAUUAUGGUGUCAGGGCCAUGGCAAUCAAUCUUCCUGGAUUCUCUUACUAUGAAGCAUUCAAGGCUCGCAAAAGACUUGUUGCUAUAUUCCAAUCUAUAGUGAAUGAUCGUAGGAAAUUAAAGAUGGAUGGUGCUAUUCACUCAAAGAAGAAAGACAUGAUGGACUCUCUUUUGGAUGUUGAAGAUGAUAAUGGUAGAAAAUUAACUGAUGAAGAAAUCAUUGAUGUUAUGCUGAUGUACUUGAAUGCAGGCCACGAAUCCUCUGGCCAUAUCACCACUUGGGCUACUAUUUUCCUCCAGGAACACCCUGAAUUUCUCCAAAAAGCUAAGGAAGAACAAGAACGGAUUGUUAAAAAGAGGCCACCGACACAAAAGGGAUUGUCACUGAAGGAAGUUCGAGAAAUGGAAUAUCUUUCCAAGGUGAUUGAUGAAACCCUUCGAUUAGUAACAUUCUCGCUUACUGUUUUCCGAGAAGCAAAAACAGAUUUCAGCAUAAACGGAUAUACCAUUCCAAAGGGUUGGAAAGUUCUGGUUUGGUUCAGGACAGUUCAUUUGGAUCCAGAAAUCUAUCCAUAUCCAAGCCAAUUUGAUCCUUCUAGAUGGGAUAAUUACACACCGAAAGCAGGGACUUUCCUCCCUUUUGGAGCUGGAAGCAGGCUGUGCCCUGGAAAUGAUCUUGCCAAGCUUGAAAUAUCUAUAUUUCUGCAUUAUUUUCUCCUCGAUUAUAAGCUGGAACGUCUGAAUCCUGAAUGCCCCCGGAGAUUCCUGCCUCAUACCAGACCAACGGACAACUGCUUGGCAAGAAUCAAGAAAGUUUCAUCCAUCGCUUGA